AUGGGAGUUGGAGACUUUGUCGAGCUGCUGGAAAACAAGUACGGCCUUCGUGAGGGGCAGCGUUGCCUUGUCAAAGGCGAAAGCCGAGAUGGAAGGUGUUGGCUUGCAGAGGGCGGCCAGCAGAUCACGAAAUCCCAUGUCGAUGAAGCCUGGGUCUGGCGGCGUUGCACACAGUACCAGAUUGGUGACGCGGUCUUCCUUCGACCAUCUGAGAUUAGAUUUACACAAAACUCCGUUGGCUUCAAGUUCCGUGACGGCAGGACUCUCAGUGUCUUGCUUGAUGAGCUUACCACACGGAAGCGCAAAAGGGAGGUUGAUCCGAUUCGAGUCAUACUGGCUGAUGGCUGUUUCUAUGCGCUGAACAAUCGUCGUCUUGCAGUCUAUCGGCUUUUGGAGAUUGCCGGAGGCUGCGGACGGAUCAAAUGCAUAUUCACUGCCGAACCGGAAGGUCUCCGCCACAAGUUCACGACCAAGUGCGAUGGCGAAUGGGUGGAUGUUCGCGGUGUCCGGGGUCGGUCAGAGUGGAUUGGCAGAAAUGCAGACGAGACGUCCUGCUGGGCUUGCAACACGCUACCUGUUGACACGGUGUCACGACGCAGAGAGGUGGGAGCUUUUGUGAAUCAUCACGAGGAAGGGCUUGGACAAGUGGUUGGCCCUGCAGAGAAUCCAGCUGAGGGUGAUGUAUCGGUAAAUUUCCAGGACAAAGUCCUGGAUGUGUUUGCCUACCAGCUUUCGCUGCACCUGCGUCCGAUGAUGACUAUUGCCCACAAACUCAACUUUAUGGCCCGUGCCAAACGCAUGGGCACACGACUCUGCCAGAACUUGUGCUCCUGCGGCUGUGGCGAGCGUUGCGGGGAGCUUGUGUGCGUCUGUGGAGAUUGCGGUACCCCAUAUCACAACGAGGGCCGCUACUGUUGUAACUGUGCCGAAGCAUUGGGCUUGGAUCUGGGAAGCUUCGAGGAUGAGGAUGGUCAUCGUCAUGCUGGCCAUACGCACGACGGCGCUGUGCGUGAACACAACUGCUCAGACUCUGAGAAUGAGUUCUGA